AUGGAAGUGAAUGAAGACAAACUGCAUCAGUUUCAAAAACCUCAUUAUUUCAAAAAUGAAGAUGGAAAUGCAGUCGUUUCAAAGACUGAAGAUAAUUUCAUACAGAAACAAGCUGGAAAAUCUGGAGUCGAAGGAUUUUUAACCUGUUUUCAGUGUGGAAAGAGUUUCAUAUAUAAAUCAACCCUGAACAGACACAUGAUGAUUCACACUGGAGAAAAACCGUUCACUUGCUCUCAGUGUGGAAUGAGUUUCACUCAGAAAGGCGCUCUCAAAUGUCAUCUGCGCCGUCACUCUGGAGUGAGAUCAUUCAGCUGUGAUCAGUGUGAUAAAACAUUUGUUUUAAAAUCAGGCUUAAGAGAACACCUUAAUGUUCAUGCUGCUGUGAAGCCUCACGUUUGUUCUGUAUGUGGAAAGAGUUUUUCACAUCUCGGAUCUUUAAAAGAGCAUGAGCGUAUUCAUACUGGUGUGAGACCUUAUGUGUGCUUUGACUGUGGAAAGACCUUCACUUCAUCCAACAACUUAAAAUCACACGAGAGAGUUCACACUGGAGAGAAACCGUACAAGUGUUCACACUGUGGAAAGAGUUUCUCUCAGUCAGGACACCUGAAAGCUCAUGAGAGAGUUCAUACUGGAGAGAAACCGUACAAGUGUUCACACUGUGGAAAGAGUUUCUCUCUGUCAGGACACCUGAAAGCUCAUGAGAGAGUUCAUACUGGAGAGAAACCGUACAAGUGUUCACACUGUGGAAAGAGUUUUUCUCGGUCAGGAAACCUGAAAAAACAUCAAAUCAAAAUGCAUUGA